GCGAGCCGUACCGAGCUUCCGAGUUGAGGGCAGCUGCGAGCGCCGAGGUUGGGCAGCGGCGGGGCAGCCAAAGCGGCGGCUGCGCUCACGAUGAUGCUUCGCGCGCUCGUCCUCGCGGUGGCGCUCGCGCCGGCGGCGCGCGCCGACUGCGAGGUCUGCAAGAAGAAGCACGUGAAGGAGAUCAAGUCCUGCGGCGCGUUCUGGACGCCCAGCAAGUACGUCGGCGAGUUCGCCAAGCGCGAGGGUCCUGCCCCAACUCCCAGCCCGACGCCCGCCCCAGUGCAGCCAUGUUCAGAUAGUACGACCGGUUGCUUGUAUAACACGUAUUAUGGUUAUAAUUGCUAUACUUAUGACUAUAAUGGUAGAGACUGCUCAUAUUAUGACAGUAAUUCGUAUGAGUGCGGCUGGUACGACUGGGAUUAUUUCAAAGCGAGCGCGCAGUGUUGCGCGUGCGGCGGCGGUACUUCCUGGCGGCGCCUCGGGGAGGCGGAGGACGAGGCGGAGGACCGGCGCUUUCUCACCCACUACUACGACGGCGAUGACGACUGGUGGUUGGGGGACGAUGACGAGGACGACGACUGGACCGACUCGCGGAGCCGCUGCCACAAGGACGUUUGCUGCGCAGCGCACGAGAACGACUGCUGCGAGGCGGACGUCGGUGCCAUCGCUGCCUUCACUUUCGCCCUCCUCGCGCUCGUAAUCUGCUGCAUCGUCGCCUGCAGCUGCGCGGCGUGCAAAGACUGCCCGGCCGGACAAAAGAGCAACCGCCGCUACGUCGUGCUCGGCUUCCUGGCCUUCCUGUGCGCCGGCAUGCAGUGCAUCGCCAUGCUCCGCGGCCCGCUGUGGGCCCGCACCGUGUAUCACAUCGAGAUCACGGACGACGAGUACGAAGAGGUGAGCUACACGUCGGGCGACCGCGAGUGGGUGGGAGAGUGCGUAUCUGAUACCUCGACCACUGAUAGUAAUGGAAAUUCUUGCUCGUACUAUGAUGACUAUGAUUACUAUUGCGGAAAUUACGACGACUCGAACUUCGACGCGAACGAGAUGUGCUGCGCGUGCGGCGGUGGCAACCGCGACAAUCAGUGGAAGAGCGGAUGGACCGAGGAGAACGACCUCUGGUUCUGGGUCUACAAGGACAACAGCCACACGGAGAAGCACGUCAUCAAGGAGGACAAGGUGAAGGACUGCGCCUGGAUCUCGGAGCACGACGAUUACGGGGACCCCCGGUCCUGCAAGCUCGUGUCGCAGGCGGCGAUCACCGCGCGGUACACCACGGGCAUCGCGUGCCUGCUGAUGGCCCCGUGCGCGCUCUUGAUGCUCCUCGUCGCGUGCGGGUGCCGCUUCCGGUGCUGCUGCCCGGGGUGCCCCGACGACGCGACGCCGCGCAUCUUCAUGACCCUCGCCGUGGUCCUCGCGGUCGGCGGCUUGAUUGCUAUCGGGGGCGCCGCGAACUUUAGCGACCAGUACCUGAAGGGCAUCGAGUCCUGGGAAAAGCAUACGGAGAAGGGCGACGACUGGCGCGACGACGACUACGGGCGCACUUGGUCGGGAGGACAAGACCGGGACGUCGACAUGGAGUCCGUCUCCUGCCACUGGGGCUGCGCGUUUUCGAUCCUCUCGGGCCUCUUCUCGCUCCUCGUCGGCGUCGCCGCCGUCUGCCUCGGCAUGCUCCGGCCCGUCAAGCAGACCAAGGGCCUCUUCAACCCGCCCUCGACGCCGGUGCCGCCGCUCGGCGUCAAGCACACGUGCGCCAAGCCCGGGUGCAAGAAGGCGGCCAAGCACACCUGCUCGGUCUGCGAAUCCGUCUACUAUUGUAGCCCGCAGCACCAACUGGACCACUGGCCCGCGCACAAGCAGGAGUGCAGCGCGGCUACCCGGGCCGCCCCCAGCCCGCCGGCGACGCCCCUGCCCCCGAAGUCGCCGGCGCGCAAGGCCGUCUGCGCCAUGCCCGGCUGCUCCAAGGCGGCCGCACACAUGUGCUCGGCCUGCGAGUCCGUCUACUACUGCUCGGCGGAGCACCAGAUGUCCCACUGGCCCACGCACAAGGCGGCGUGCCGUCCGAGCGCGACGGACUCGCGGCAGCCGGCAGCGACGGCGCCGCCGCAGAGCGGGAGCUCCCGCGGGCUGGGGCGCUUCGGCUGGCGCGCGCCGGCGCCGGCGCCGGCGACCGACGCGGCCGGCGAAUUCGAACCGGAAGCCUAAACGGCGCGCAAAGUCAGAGAACGAAGCCCCUUGCGUCGACGUUCGCGCAGCGCCCCCCAAAAAAUCACGAAAAGAAUUCACAGACCCCCCCCAUACGAUGGACGCCCCCGGCCUCAAGUUCCGCCUGGUGCAGUCGUCCUCCUCGAUGCCCCCCGCCGCGCCUGCCCGGUGCUCCAUGCGACCGGACACGCCGAAACCUUUCCUACUAGUCAUAGUAUAACACUUCGAGUUAGAAA